AUGGCGGCCUCUCCGCCUCUGGCCUUAACCCCGGCCCUCCAGGCCUCCUUCCUCUGCUCCCUCGCGCUCGCCUUCCUCCGGGCCGGCCGCCUCGCCGCCGCCGCCUCCCACGUCGUCUCCUCACUCCCCCGCCUCGCCUCCCGCCAGCCUCCUCCGUCGCCUCAUCCCCGCCCUCGCCUCCUCGGGCCUCGCCGCCGCCGCCGUCCGCUUCCGCCCCGUCCCAGCCUCCCCUCGCUCCGCCCCGCGCUGAGCCUGCUCCGUUCCUCUUCGGGGCCCCAGGCGCAGGUCGCGGCUGACACCGUCAGCUACAACAUCUUCCUCGCUGGCCUCUCCGAGCAGGGCCACGGAGGCUCGCGCCGGCCGUGCUCUCCGAGAUGUGCAAGCGCGGCGUGCCCUGGGACGCGGUCACCGACCGGCCUGGUCAGCGAGGCGGAGGCAUUGGCGGAGAUGUUGGCCCGAGGCCGAGGAAUUGAUGGCUUGGAUGUGGUGGGAUGGAAUGCUCUCAUUGACGGGUACUGUAAAGUCCAGGACAUGGCCGCAGCAUUGGCGGUGGUGGAGAGGAUGAGAACACAAGGGGUGACACUUGACGUGGUGGGGUAUAAUACCCUGGUUGCUGGGUUCUGCCACUCCGGCGAUGCUGAUGCUGCACUGGAGGUAGUGGAGAGGAUGAAGGCCGAUGGGGUGGAGCCGAAUGUGAUGACGUACGGCGCUCAUUGGGGAGUAUUGGAUGGCCGGUUCUCAGAGGCAUAUGCGCUUUUCAGGGAGAUGGACAAGAUCGGAGUUGCGCCGAACCAUGUGACCUAUUGUACACUUAUUGAUUCAUUAGCGAAAGCGCGGAGGGGCAAUGAGUCACUUGGUCUAUUGGGAGAGAUGGUUUCAAGGGGCGUGGUCAUGGAUCUGGUCAUGUAUACAGCUCUGAUGGACCGUUUAGGUAAGGAAGGGAAGAUUGAGGAAGCUAAGGAUGUGCUUCGGCAUGCUCAGUCGGAUAAUAUUACUCCCAACUGUGUAACUUACACUGUACUGGUCGAUGCACACUGCAGAGCUGGCAAUAUCGAUGGCGCAGAGCAGAUGUUGUUGCAAAUGGAGGAGAAAUCUCUUAGCCCGAAUGUUGUCACAUUCUCAUCGAUCAUCGAUGGUCUUGUUAAAAGAGGAUGCCUCGGCAAAGCAGCUGAUUAUAUGAGGAAGAUGAAGGACAGUGGCAUUGCUCCUAAUGUUGUGACUUAUGGAACACUUAUCGAUGGUUUCUUCAAGUUCCAGGGGCAAGAAGCAGCUCUUGAUGUGUACCAUGAUAUGUUGCAUGAGGGUGUUGAGGCAAACAACUUUGUUGUUGACUCACUGGUGAAUGGUUUGAGAAAGAAUGGGAAUAUAGAGGGAGCUGAAGCAUUAUUUAAAGAUAUGGGUGAACGUGGUCUGUUGCUCGACCACGUCAAUUAUACCACCUUAAUGGAUGGGCUUUUUAAAACAGGAAACAUGCCAGCUGCUUUUAAGGUUGGUCAGGAGUUGAUGGAGAGAAACCUGUCACCUGAUGCUGCUGUCUAUAAUGUGUUUAUCAAUUGCCUUUGCUCGCUUGGCAAGUUCAGUGAAGCAAAAUCUUUUUUGAAAGAGAUGAGAAAUACGGGCUUAGAACCUGAUCAAGCAACAUAUAACACUAUGAUUGCUGCACAGUGCCGGGAAGGGAAGACCUCCAAAGCUCUAAAGCUACUGAAAGAAAUGAAGUGGAGUUCAAUAAAGCCUAAUCUCAUCACAUAUACUACACUUGUUGUGGGCCUUCUUGAGGCUGGGAUUGUGAAGAAGGCAAAAUAUUUGCUAAAUGAGAUGGCUUCUGCUGGAUUCGCUCCAACCUCUCUGACUCAUCAAAGGGUGAUGCAAGCAUGUUCUGGAAGCAGGAGGCCGGAUGUGAUUUUGGAAAUUCAUGUAUUGAUGAUGGGUGCUGGUCUUCAUGCUGACAUCACUGUGUAUAAUACACUCGUGCAUGUUUUGUGUUGCCAUGAAAUGACAAGGAAAGCUACAGUUGUUUUGGAUGAAAUGUUGGGGAGAGGAAUUGCACCAGAUACUAUCACAUUCAACGCUCUCAUUCUUGGCCAUUGUAAGAGCAGCAAUCUAGAUAAUGCAUUUGCAAUGUAUGCUCAGAUGCUUCAUCAAGGCCUCUCACCUAAUAUAGCUACAUUCAACACACUUCUGGGUGGCCUUGAGUCCGCUGGAAGAAUUGGAGAAGCGGGUACUGUUCUCAGUGAGAUGAAGAAGAUGGGCCUUGAGCCCAAUAAUAUCACCUAUGAUAUACUGGUGACAGGAUAUGCAAAGAAAAGCAACAAAGUUGAAGCACUAAGGCUGUAUUGUGAGAUGGUGAGUAAAGGCUUUAUUCCCAAAGCAAGCACGUAUAAUUCACUCAUGAGUGACUUUGCUAAAUCUGGAAUGAUGAAUCAAGCUAAAGAGUUGUUCAGUGAGAUGAAAAGGAGAGGAGUUUUACAUACGUCCUCAACUUAUGAUAUCCUUUUGAAUGGAUGGUCAAAGCUUAGAAAUGGAACUGAGGUAAGAAUACUUCUCAAAGAUAUGAGAGAGCUAGGAUUUAAACCAUCUACAGGCACUAUCAGUUCUAUGUCCAGAGCAUUUUCAAGGCCGGGCAUGACUUGUGAAGCUCGACGUUUACUUAAGACCCUUUUCAAGGUUUAG